GGCUCUGGGGCCGGCCCAUCUCCCUGCCUCUUCUCCCCACUGAGCAGUCGGAGGAGCAGAAAACCCUCAUAGGCCUGUGCACCUGGGGCCUGUGCCCUGCAGACGAGGUAGUCACUGCCGACCGUUCCCAACCACACACACCCUGUGCUCACCUGUCAGAGGGCUGAGCCCACCGUGCGUGUGCACAAGCCCGCGCGCGUCCGGGUGUCCCUGACUCCACACGGGGAGCUCCUCGCCGAAGCCAUGGCCCGCAUCAUCGACCUGGUGCCCUGGGAGGACGGCUCCACCCACGUGCACGCGUCCCCCGCCAUCCUGCUGCCGGCGGAGCGGACGCGCAACCAGCUGGCCGGCGUGAAGCGGCAGCUCUACCACCCGGCCCUGCCCAGCCUGCGCCGCAUGGACAUGGACUCUGUCCGGGCCUGUCUUUCGGACGAGCAUUGCCGGUCCACCACCUACUGCCGCAAAGAUGACUUUGACAAUGCCUACUUCACACUUUUUGGAGUCCCCAACAAACCCCUACAGUGCUUGGACGUCACCGAAACCGGCCGGAGACUCCGAAACAGGUGCCAUGAGGGAAAACUGGUACCCAUCACACCGGGCAUCAACCGGGUGGACUGGCCCUGCUUCACUCGCGCCAUUGAGGACUGGUCCCGCUUCGUGUCUUCGGCCGGCGAGUUCAAGUUGCCCUGUCUGAACAAGAGGGUGGAGAGUUUCAGUGGCUACGCAGUGCGGUACUUGAAGCCGGAGGUGACCCAGAACUGGCGGUACUGUCUCAACCAGAACCCCAGCCUGGACCGCUACGGACAGAAGCCCCUGCCUUUUGACACCCUGAACGCUUUCCGAAGCUUCGGCUCAGUCUACAGUCGUGUCAACUACCUGACCCCCUGGCAUUAACCUGUGAAAAGGAAGCCAAUCCCUAGGCUGCUGGAUUGUGCCAUGUCCAGUCCUCCAGCGGGACAGAGGGGGUGUGGUGGCACUACCCCACUCCCUGAGAGUUCAGCCUGACUGGAAAUAAACCUAAUGGUCCCCAGGAAGGAA